CUCACCAAGGUCGGUGUAAUCCUCGCAUUCACAGAAGCCCUGGCGGCAGCAGCGAUGGCGGUGACCUACGACAAGGCGGCGCGCGUGCUGUUCUGGGGCGGCGUGAGCUCUGUCCUGGCCUCGCUCUUGGCCUUCCUCGGCCUCGCCUCCUGGUGGCCCACCUUCCUCGCCUCCUGGACCCUGGCAGGUGCCGCGUACAUCGUCCUCGCUAGCUUUAAGGUUUUCCCAGUUGGAAAAGCGGUGCUGAUCACUGGCUGCGAUUCCGGAUUCGGAUACGCCACGGCCCUCUUUCUUGAUCAGAUGGGUUUCCGCGUGUUCGCCUGCUGCCUCCUGGCCGACGGCGGCGGCGAGGGCGCCCAGAGGCUGCGGCGCGAGGGAUCCCGCCGCCUCCACGUCCUACAGCUGGACGUGACCAAAGAGGAGCAGAUCGACAGCGCUCUCCGCAGCGUGAAGAAUCUUUUGCCACCUGGAGAAGUCCUUUGGGGUUUGGUGAACAACGCCGGGAUCAACCCGUACGGCGCGGUGGAGUGGACCUCGAUGAGCGUCUUCAAGAACACGUGCGAAGUCAACCUAUUCGGGACCAUCGCUGUAACGAAGGUCUUUUUGCCUCUUAUCAGAAGUGCCAAAGGUCGAGUCGUGAACGUUGGCAGCGUGCGCGGCAGGAUGGCCUCGCCGCUCGGAGCCGCCUACGAGGUCUCUAAAUACGGCGUCGAGGCCUUCAGCGACGUCCUGAGGCAUGAAAUGAGAAGAUUCGGCGUUGACGUGUCUUUAAUCGAACCAGGAAACUUUACUGCGGGCACCAGCAUCUUCACGGAGGAAAGCAAUCUUCGUUAUUCCCAGAAGAUGUGGCAGGGGAUGGAUGACGGCGUGAAGGCGGAUUAUGGAAAGGACACUUUCGACGAAGCUCUGAGGCGCCAGUUGCAAGUCUCGAAGUCUGGGGACAAGGACGUGACCGAGGUUUUGGAGGCGAUCGCCGAGGCGCUGACGCAGCGGUUUCCGCAGGGCCGCUACCAGCCGAUGCAGCUCUUCUAUUACGUCAUGGUGUUCGUGAGCCAGCACUUCCCGGAGUGGGUCUACGACUACUUGUACAUCGAGUUCUUGAUGAAAUAAUAUUUUCUCAAUAAACAAUGCGAUGGC